UUUAAGUCUUUGGUAAUGAACAUGUCAAGCCUAAUGCACACCUAUCUGCUGAUAGUUUGCUGUUUUACAUUUGUCUGCAUCGAUGGAAGAGAUCAAGACUUGUUUCCUUCAUGUGAAGUUACACUGAUGGUCCAUAGAGGCACGACAGUAAAAACUGCCCCACGACAACCACUGACAGUCAAAUGUCCUGUCAAACACUGUGGAGAAUCAGUAGAUGUCGCCUGGUGUAAACUGCUCAACACAAACAGAUGUGAACAGAUUAAUGAAACUGGGAAUGUAGAAAUAAUACAGGAUGAAAUGAUCUCAUCUUUGAUUUUCAAACGGAUAUCCAUUUAUGAUGACGGCCUCUACAGAUGUUAUUUAAAAGGAUCGAAAUAUGUGGCGUUCAGUCACAUCAUCAACAUCUCAGUUUCGGACUUACACCAUGGGGUUAAAAAGUCUGACAAUAAUGCUGAUGAGUUACCAAGCGCUGCUGGUGAUGAGGAAGAGUCCUGGCAGCCCUACGUCUACAUCUGUGUUAGCAUAACUCUUCUGGUCGUCAAUUGACAGUGUUAUCCCUCUUAAGUUUUUAUGGCUGGAAAUUUAAGAACAUUAACAUGUAUUCACAGUCUGAAUUAUUGUGACAAAAUGUAUUGAUCUUACCAAACAGUGGAGGACUUGUUGUAUUAUCUUCUUCACAGGACAGGAAUACUGACUUACAACCAUGCAGAGGGACAGGAAAUGUGAUGAAUUUUGAGAAAUGUAGCUCCCUUUCAUGCUUUGAGUUGAGAAGAUUGAUACCAUUCUAUGUGAUAAAUAUACAGUUACAGGCAGCAGCCAGUUACAGUAGCUUAGCAUCUCUAAAGCUCACCAUCUUGUUUGUUUAAUCCGGACUAAAACUGACGUGUGAAACUGAUGUACUGCGGUUUUAUGAGGGGUUAUGUGCUUUGUGUCACAGAGAGGUUGCCAGGAAACCAGUUGGCGACUCCAGGAAGUUACAUCUCUCUGCCAAGAAAUAGUUUGGCGCUCUGUAAAGCCAAAAUGUGUUGUUUUAAUACUCUUUUUUGUAAGAGUUGAACAAAUGAUAAUGUGUUAACCCUUAAAAGCAUAAAUCAGGACUUUCAUGACCCAGGACUAUAUCUAAUUCCUUUAUGUCAUUCGGUUAAGCAGUCACACCUGGUCAAACUAUUAGUUUUUAACAAUGUUCUGGUGUCAUAAUGUAAAAAUUUAUAAAAGCGUUGUUUUUUUAAAUGUUUUUCUCUAAAAAGUUAAUAUGGUCGCAAGAGA